GGAGAGAGAGGAAGUACCAGAAAAAUAACCUCCUUUCAACUGUUUAAAUGCCUUUUCAUUUAGCACUGUUUUUACUCACCUUUUUAUGGCUUUUAACAUCACCACUAUAAAUGUGAGAAGUAUAAAAACAGAAAUAAGAGCACAGUCGGUUUUAUCCUUUUUAGAAAGGUUUAAUUCAGAUGUGUUUUUAUUACAGGAGUGUGGUCUACCCUUUUUAUCCUCUUAUAGGAAAUGGGAGGACAAGUGGCAGCAUGGGCCCUCCAUUUGGAGUGGCUCAAAUUUUAAUAAAAAUGACGGUGUUGCCAUUUUAAUCAAGACCCCACAUGUGGUGGUGAGGGGGAGCACGGUGGUGGAUCGGGAACCAGUGUGUCCAGUGCGCGGGCUUGCUAUAGGCGAGCCCACAACGGUUUGGCGUAAUGUGGCCCAUCCUGCUCUCCUGAAUCAGCACCGGGACCUGUCCUGGAUGGUCGCCCAUGAGAUCCUCCCGGUCAGGGUCGUCAUGCACUCCCGGGGCAUGGCGAGGACAUCCGCGUGCCCCCGACCAGGCUGUGGCCAAGAGGAGUCGGUGAGGCACUUGCUCUGGGAGUGCAGAGCCGCCAGGGACCUGUGGAAGGAAGUAGGCCCCCUGAUCUCCCCGUGUCUGCCAGCAGGGGAGGACCUAACGCCCCAGCUCGUGCUGUAUGGGGUGGGCCGAAGGCCUAUUCCACCAAAGGCCUUCACCAAGCUCUGGCCCACCCUCACGUGUCUGAAGGCAGCACUGUGGUCCUCCCGCAACCUGCUGGUAGCGAAACAGGUCAACACCACCCCCCAGGCAGUGGCCAUGGUAGCCACAGAAGCCCUGGGGUGGUACAGAAGGAAGGGGGCCUCGACCCCAGGCGAAGGGGUCCCCACAACACCCAAGGUCCCUGCGGCCACGGCCUGACAGCGCUGCGGCGCCUAGGGCGAUGCACCUAGGGGAGGUAUCUCCUCUGGGCCCCGAAGGACGGGACGGUGAUCGAUUCGGAAGAGCAGGAGGAGGCAAGUUUGAUAAGGACUCACCCCGCUCCUGUACAAGGGACCGAAGACAGCCUUUUAACAAGUGACUUUUUAAAUACAUUUUUUAUGUCUUAAAAAUGUUUUCCUUUUAA